UCCAGCACCCACAGAUUCCUCACACUCACUUCAAUCAGGUGCCAGAUCAGGUGCAUGUGUCAAUCUGGUCACACCUCGACACUCACAGAAGCACCGGGACCCCACGAGAGUUGAGGAGGAGUCUCGUUAACCGGCAGCAGGAUUUCCACCUCAGCGUGACGGGGAGGGGAGAGCGUGUGGUCACCAGGCAGCUGCGGAGAAGAUGCCAGCCAUCCUGGUGGCCUCCAAGAUGAAGUCAGGACUCCCCAAACCCAAACCGGUGCACAGCGCCCUGCCCAUUCCCCAGCAGACCCCCAGCAGGCCGUCGGCUCUCGCUCUGCCUCCGGCACCCGUCAAGAGCCACAUCCCUUCGCUGGGCCAGCAGGUGGGCUCAGGACCCCCGAGGAGCAAGGCUGCAGGGUCAGAGGCUGGAGAAAACACUCAGAUCUACACGGACUGGGCCAACCAUUACCUCGCCAAGUCAGGAAACAAGCGUCUGAUCAAGGACCUGCAAACAGACGUCACGGACGGAGUGCUGCUGGCCGAGAUUAUCCAGGUCGUAGCCAAUGAGAAGAUCGAUGACAUCAAUGGCUGCCCCAAGAGCCGCUCUCAGAUGAUUGAGAACAUCGAUGCCUGCCUCAGUUUCCUGGCAGCCAAAGGAGUCAACAUUCAGGGUCUGUCUGCAGAAGAGAUUCGUAAUGGUAAUCUGAAAGCCAUCCUCGGCCUCUUCUUCAGCUUGUCCCGCUACAAGCAGCAGCAGCAGCAGGCCCAGCGGCAGCCGUCCCUCCCGUCCCAGGGCGCACACCCGCCCCUGAGCCAGCAGAGCAGCGCCCCGGCCCAGCUCGGCCACUCUCCGGCCCAUGGGACCUCGGCCCUCUCAGCCCAGAGAGCAGCGCAGGCCGACAUGCAGUCCAGGGAUGGAUCUCAGAGUAAACUACUCAAGUUUUCCUUCGGUCAGAAAAAGACCUCUAGACUUCCCGGCCCCACAACGAGGGCGUCCACUGCCGGCGGUGACAUCCCUCCCCGAGGCUCGGUCAGUGCUGCCGGGAACAGACGCAGCCAGGGCUUCAGUGACAAGACCAAAGCCAACUCGCACCUGAACAAAGAUUCCUCAGAGGGCCUGACCUCGCAGCCUUCGGUGAUGACUGAGCAUGCUCUGUCGUCUGCGGUGACCGUCAGCUCCUCCACCAGCAUCCCCGCUGCUACCUCCAACCUGAUUCCUCCCUCGUCUUCAUCGACGUCCUCAUCCUCCUCGUCCACAGCCAUUCCCCAGCCGAACAGCAACAGCAAGCCGUGGAGGAGCAAGUCGAUGAGCUCCAAGCACUCGUCCUCCUCCUCUCUGUCGUCCACCAGCACCCCCACGUCUGCCAUGCAGUCCGUCAAGCAGGAGAAAGACACCUCCUGCAAAACUGCUGCAGCAACCGAAGCUCCUCCGAAGGUCGUCGCUCAGAAGUCAAUGCUGGAGAAGCUCAAGCUCUUCAACAGUAAAGGAGGCUCCAAAUCUUCCACCUCCUCCAAUGGAGCAGGGGCCCAGACUGAUAAUUCUGCCCCAGCCAGGCAGCUCGGAGCAGGGCAGGUGGACAGAGUGGAGACCGGCUCCAACACCGAUGUCCUGGGACAAGAUGACGGUAACGUCAGACCGGGAAUGAACGGAACCAGCAAUGGUGCGGCUCCAGGAGCAGGAACAACUGUCUCCACAAUUGCCAGCAGCCCCAAAAUCGCCCUGAGGGGUAUCGCCCAGCGGACUUUUAGCAGAGCUUUGACCGCCAAGAAGAGCUCUGCCAAAGGCCUCGAGAAAGAAAAGGAGAAGGAGAAGGAGAAGGAGAAGGAGAAGGAGAAGGAGAAGGAGAAGGAGAAGGAGAAGGAGAAGGACAGAGGGAAGGAGGUGGGGAAACGCGUCUCGGUCCCUGACAGGACAGAGCUCAGGGGAGAGGAGACGAAGGAGGAAGUAUCGCCCGUCACCGCGGACGCAGACAGCUCGAAUAAAAGGACCUCUAAAAUCGCCAGCUUCAUUCCCAAGGGGGGUAAAGCGGCGAAAAAGGAGAGUUCCACCCCUGCACACAGCGGAAUACCAAAGCCAGGAGGCAAAGCCCCGGGAGUCGGGGGGAAGGCCUCCUCAGUGAAGGAGGCAGGGGAGAGGCCUCGGAGCAUGCGGUUAGGAGGGGGUCUCGCCAUGCACCGCGGCCCCCUGGAAAGAGACAGGGACAGCAGACACUCCAGCUCUACCUCCAGCCUGGCCUCCAGCGAGGGCAAGAGCAGCGCCGCCCCUGUGGCCGGAGGAGGCACCACACAGAGCACAGCCAGCAACACCGUCAGCGUGCAGCUACCUCAGACCCAACAGCACCACAGCCACCCCAACAUGGCCACCGUCGCACCUUUCAUGUACAGAUCCCAAACAGACGACGAGGGAACCGCCAGCACUGAGGGCGGCUCGGGGGGGAGAGGUGGAGACGUUGCCUUCACCAAGACCGGCCAGCCCUCCAUCGAGGACCUCUCAGGUGAAGACCCAGAGACGAGGCGGUUGAGAACGGUCAAGAACAUUGCAGACCUGCGGCAAAACCUGGAGGAGACCAUGUCCAGCCUGCGAGGAACUCAGGUCACACACAGCACCUUGGAAACCACCUUUGACGGCAGCGUCACCACAGACAUCACCAGCGGUGGCGGCGGCGGCGGCUGCAGCAGCAGCAGCAACAACAGCGCCGGUGGUCGCAGCAUCCUCAGCCUCACCUCUACCCGGCCCUCCCUGUCGUCAUGGCGACUGGGCCAGUCCAGCCCUCGUCUGCAGGCGGGCGACGCCCCCUCAUUGGGGAAUGGCUAUGGUGGGCGGGUGGGCAGCGGCAGCAGCCAGGGAGGACGCUACCUGUACCCCGGGCACCUCCGACGGCAGCUGGCCGGCAGAGGAGGAGCCAUUUGCAGCGUGGAGCUCGGAGACAGAGCCGGGGAGGACAUCGACCUGGACGGCAUCGCCAUGGAGGUCACCGGGUACAUGAGCGAUGGAGACGUGCUGACAAAGAACGCUGCACGCACCGAUGAUGUCACCAGCGGCUACAUGACUGACGGAGGUUUGGGACUGUACACGCGGCGCCUGAACCGCCUGCCCGACAGCAUGGCCGCCGUCCGAGAGACGCUCCAUCGGAAAACGUCGACGGGGCAGGGAGAUGCUGACAGCUGGGAUGACAGCAGCUCAGUGAGCAGCGGCAUCAGCGACAACAUUGACACAGAUGACAUCAACACCAGCUCCUCCAUCUCCUCCUACGCCAACACGCCGGCGGCACAGCGCAAGGGCCUCAACGCCCAGCCUGUGACGGAUGCAGAGAAGCACUCGGCCUCCACAGCGCUGCACCAGGCCUGGUCAGGGGACGAGGUGAAGAGGCCAGACGGGGGGUCAGACAGCGGGGUCAGGAUGGAGCCGGGCUCCAAGUGGAGCCGCAGGAACCCCUCCGACAUUUCAGACGAGUCCGACAAGGGCGGCUCGGGGAGGAAGACCCCCUCUGCGUCCCACACGGGCUCCUGGAGGAGAGGCAUGAGCACUCAGGUCGGGGUGACGUCCCCUCGGACUAAAAGCUCCAGCAGCACGGGCUCAUCGGGCUCCAUCGGCCUCAAGGGCCACAGCUCAGGUAAGACGGAUGACGUCAAGGUGUCGGAGAAAGGACGCGUCUCCCCUCGCGCUAACGGCCUCCACCGCUCGCCCUCGGACGCAGGACGCAGCAGCGGCGACGAGGCGAAGAAACACUCCAUCUCCGGCAGCCGCGCGUCUACAACGAACGUCCUCACACACACCGUCUCAGACCCACACUCGCAGACACACACGCUCACCUCACGCACCCCGACCAGCACCUUCGGCUUCAAGAAGCAGGGCCAUGGGAUGGUAACCAUGGUUACAGCCAGCGGUGCCACCAUCACCAGUGGUUCAGCCACCCUGGGGAAGAUGCCCAAAUCUGGGGCGCGCUCACUAGCAGGAGGCCUGAAAGCCAGCGGGCAGGACGGCGGGGGGGCCCUGGGUCACCACGACGAUGGCUUCCUUUCCAUGACUGCCCGCUCCACGCUGCAGUACCGCAGCCUGCCGAGGCCCAGCCGCUCAGGGGCCGCCGCCCGCAACGGAAACCGCUCCUCCACCAGCAGCAUCGAGGCCGCCGUGCUCUCCGUCACGUCCCACGGUAAAAACUCCAUCAGCCUCGCCAAGGCCAACGGCGCGGGGGGCCUCCUGGCCAAUCAGACGGACCGGGAGAAGGGAGUCUCGGACAUCGACAACCUGAGGAGCGGGGUCGUGAUGCAGGGGGGAGGAGCAGCGACUGUUCCUCUGACUGGGAGACAGCAGGUUUCCUCACCCACGCUUCGCAGGUUGUUUGGUGGGAAGCCCGGUAAACAGGCUCCGGUCACCACGGCCGAGAACAUGAAGAACUCCACCGUUAUCUCCAACCCCCACGCCACCAUGAACCACGUGGGCACGGUGCUGGAGUCCCCCGACGGAGGGCUGGGAGGCGCAGACAGCGAGACCAGCAGCCCCCUGUUCGGAGGCAGGGCGCUGGGAUCGGGGAUGGGGACGCUGGGCAGCGAGCAGGCCUCCAGCCCCGGCUCAGUCUACUCCUCCACCGGCCCCUCCAACAGCCUGACCUGGGGCACCACCUUCAGCAGCUCCUCCGCCCAGAGCAGGGAGAGCACGCUGGGCGGACACGGCGGGGCGGGCAGCAUGGGCUACCCCUCCGUCAGCAGCAUGCACACCAGCAGCGAGUCCAUCGACAUGAGUCUGGGCAGCGUCGGAGGAGGUGCCGGCCACGGGACCCACAGGGAGGACACCCUGUCCGCACUGGGACGCACCGGCAGCGUCAAGACGGGCAUGUCUGAGAGUCCCCUCUCCUCCCCCACCGCUAGCCCCAUAUUCAGCCGAAACACGCUCCCUCGGAAGCAGGACAGCGGGACUCACUGUGGUAGAAACACUCUGCCUAAGAAGGGACUCAGGUACGGCCCCACGCCACAGAUGCGGAGCCACGAGGAGGCCCGUGAUUGGCUGCGCUCCCACUCCACCAGCGGGCUGCAGGACUCGGCCAGUAACUCCCCGUUCUCCCCCGGCUCCAGCAUCACCUCCCCCUCCGGCACUCGCUUCAACUUCGCACAGCUCGCCUCCAGCCCGACCUCAGGAGCUCAGGUCAACAUCGCCGGGCUGCGCAACAACAGCCUGACCAAUCAGGACGCGGCCUUCGACCCCUGCGCCGACAACCGGCUGAGGAACUCCUGCAUGUCGCUGGACGAGAAGACUCGCACCAUGAGCCGCUCGGGCUCCUUCAGGGACGGCUUCGAGGAAGUUCAUGGAUCGUCUCUGUCUCUGGUCUCCAGCACCUCCUCCAUUUACUCCACGAACGAGGAGAAGUCUCAGUCGGAGAUCCGCAAGCUGCGCCGGGAGCUGGAUGCCUCCCAGGAAAAGGUUUCCGCCCUGACGACACAGCUGAGUGCCAACGCUCACCUGGUGGCAGCGUUUGAACAGAGUCUGGGCAACAUGACCAUCCGGCUGAAGAGUCUCACCCUGACAGCCGAGCAGAAGGACUCUGAGCUGAAUGAGCUGAGGAAGACCAUCGAGCUGCUGAAGAAGCAGAACGCUGUCGCUCAGGCGGCCAUCAACGGAGUCAUCAACACGCCCGAACUCACGCCGAGACGGGACAGGACAGGCAGCAGCAACGGGAGCCCGCAGCAGCAGCAGCAUCAGCAUCAGCAGCAUCAUCAUCAGCAGCAUCAGCAGCAGCAGCAGCAGCCAGACCUGCGCAUCAGGAGGCAGCACUCGUCUGACAGCGUCAGCAGCAUCGCCAGCGCCACCAGUCAUUCCAGUGUGGGCUCCAACAUGGACGCUGACGCAAAGAACAAGAAGAAGAACAAGAAGAACUGGGUCUACGAGCUGCGAAGCUCCUUCAAACAAGCGUUCAGCAAGAAGAAAUCUCCCAAGUCGGCCUCGUCUCACUCCGACAUCGAGGAGAUGACGGACUCGUCUCUCCCCUCGUCCCCUAAGCUGCCCCACAACGGCACCUCAGCCUCCGGCCACAUGCUCCGGAGCACACACUCCAACUCACUCUUGUCCGAGUGCCUGGACAGCGAGGCGGAGAUGGUGAUGCAGCUGCGGAGUGAGCUCCGAGAGAAGGAGAUGAAGCUGACCGACAUCCGCCUGGAAGCCCUCAGCUCCGCCCACCAGCUGGACCAGCUCCGGGAGGCCAUGAACCGCAUGCAGCUGGAGAUCGAGAAACUGAAGUCAGAGAACGACCGUCUGAAGGUGGAGAGUCAUGGCAGCAGGACGGGCUCUCAGGCCUCCGUCUCCUCUCCUCCUCCCGCUCACACCAACAGCCACGCCGCAGGACCUGGACUGUCUCAGCACAGCCUCAACCUCACCACCAGCGAGUCCACCAGCCUGGACAUGCUGCUGGACGACACCGGCGGAGAUGGAGGGAUGAGGAAGGAGGGGAGACACGUCAAGGUCGUGGUCACCCUGGAUGAGGACAGCAAGUGGGGAGAGGAGGGUCGGUCUCGCCAUUUUCUGAUCGGGUGCAUCGGCGUGAGCGGUAAAACCAAGUGGGACGUCCUGGACGGAGUGGUCCGACGCCUCUUCAAGGAGUACAUCACCCACGUGGACCCGGUGAGCCAGCUGGGCCUGAGCUCGGACAGCGUGGAGGGAUACAACAUCGGGGAAAUCCACCGGCCCAGCAGCCUCAGCGCCGCCCGCACGCCCGAGCUGCUGCCCUGCGGCUACCUGGUGGGAGACAGCAACACCAUCAGCAUCCAGCUCAAAGGUGUGACCAGUGAGAACGUGGACUCGCUGGUGUUCAACACUCUGAUCCCGAAGCCGAUGCUGCAGCGCUACGUGUCGCUGCUGAAGGAGCACAGACGGGUCAUCCUGUCGGGCCCCAGCGGCACAGGAAAGACCUACCUGGCCAAUCAGCUGUCCCGACACCUUCUGCUGCUGGAGGGCCGACCUCUGACCCCUCGCGCCGUCGUCACCUUUAACGUGGACCACAAGUCCAGCAAGGAGCUGCGUCAGUACCUGUCAGGUUUGGCCGAGCAGUGCAGUGGAGUACCGGGGGUGGAGAGCCCACUGGUGGUCAUUCUGGACAACCUGCACCACGUCAGCUCCCUGGGGGAGAUCUUCAACGGCCUCUUCAACUGCAACUCCAAGCACUGUCCGUACAUCAUCGGCACCAUGAGCCAGGCCACAUCAUCCGCCCCCAACCUGCAGCUUCACCACAACUUCAGGUGGGUGCUGUGUGCCAACCACAUGGAGCCGGUGAAAGGCUUCCUCGGCCGCCACCUGAGGAGGAAGCUGAUCGAGACGGAGAUCGGCAGCCGAACGCGCAACAUGGAGCUGGUGAAGAUCAUCGACUGGAUCCCACGGAUUUGGCACCACCUGAACCGCUUCCUGGAGGCGCACAGCUCCUCCGACGUCACCAUCGGACCUCGUCUCUUCCUGUCGUGUCCCAUGGACGUGGAGGGGUCCAGGGUCUGGUUCACUGACCUGUGGAACUACUCCAUCAUCCCCUACAUGCUGGAGGCGGUGCGGGAGGGACUGCAGCUGUACGGCCGCAGGGCCGCGUGGGAGGACCCGGCGGCCUGGGUGAUUGACACCUACCCGUGGUCAGCCACGCCUACUCCAGCGGAAUGGCCCCCCCUGCUGCAGCUCCGCCCGGAGGACGUGGGGUUCGAUGGCUACUCGGCCCCGAGGGAGGGAGUUAGGAAGGAGCCCCCACAGAGCGACAGCGACGCAGACCCACUGAUGAACAUGCUGAUGCGUCUGAAGGAGGCGGCGACGUCGUCCAGCCCGCAGAGCUACGACAGCGACUCCAACAGCAACAGCCACCAGGACGACAUCCUGGACUCGUCGCUGGAAUCGACCUUGUGAUGUCAUCAAAACGCUGGUUUCACGUUUUCAGGAGAAACUUUUUAAAUAGGGAGCGUUCUCACUGUGAGAGCAUUAGAAUCCAGCCCCCUUGAUUUGGGUGCAGGUAACCCAAAUAUUUAAAAGAAGAGUAAAGUCAAGAUUACAUUUCAGAGAACGGACAACAGAGGUUUCUACUGCACUGUUUAGUUUUGUCCUUAUUUCUUUUUUUUUUCACCGCUGUGGCCCGUGGCUCCCGUCAGGAGCCUCACGUCAGACAGACAGAAUAAAAGCACACAGGCAUCAUCAUGUCCCUCAUCAUCCAGCCAUCAGCAAACGUGAGCACCAGCCAGGACUCCUCCGGCUGAGAGGCUCCUGGUCCUGCACGGCCGCAGUGCGCCUGCGCUGCCUGCAGAGGGCGAUACAGGCCCUCGUCUGCAUCGGAAAAAGCACAGAGGAGGAAGCUGCUGACGAUGGAUGGAAGAACAGCCCCUUUCUGCUGGAGGAUGAGUGAAGCCAAAGUGAACGUUGGGUCCUGAAACUCUCACUUUCAAAAGCUCGUGAGAACAACUACUGUAAAAACAGUUAAUAAACACGUGUCCCUAAAAAAGAAUUAAAGGUCCAGUGUGUAAGAUUCAGGUGAAAGGAUCUAUCGGCAGAUAUUGAAUAUGAAAUAAUCCUAGUAAUCUAAAUUGUACAAAUUGUUGUUUUCUUUACCUGAGAAUUCCCCCUUUAUAUUUAAAUACUUUAUAUUUACCUCAGGAGCGGGUCCCCUUCCACGGAGGCCGCCAUUUUUUUUUUUACAGUAGCCCAAACUGGACAAACUAAACCUUUUGAGUUUUUUAAGACGACUGACGGUUUCCACAGGUUCUCCUUCAGGUUUCAUGUUCAGCUGCAACGUGAAACUUCACUAAAUUCUACACACUGAACCUUUAAGAAAGCACAAAUAAAAAGAGAGAUUUUUUGAGUUAUAUUCAGGGCCAGUGGAGAAGAGGUUGAGAUAUAAACACGGGCAACAAAGACCAACUCUGCAGCAGCGUUGCUUCAUCCGAACAAUGUCAAAAUCGGCAGCGGGGGAAAGAAAUAAUCUCUCCAAACUAAGGAGACAGGCUCGGUCAGCGUAACCAGACAUUCUCACCGCAAUCCUGCUGACGCUCUUUCUUCGGCUGUCCACACAUCAUACGGUGCAUUCCAUCAAGGUCCCCAGUGGUCGCAUCCUGCCUCGUAGCUGAGAAUCCAUUGUUCCAGCAGAGAGUCGUUCCUUUUGAAAUGGAGCAAAAAUAACUUCAGUUUUAUUCGCACAAAACACAACUCAGACCUACUGAGGUUUUCUUGUCCAGUGCAACAUCUGUGGCUAAUUUUACAAAGCCAGCGAGAACAGAAUCGAAUUUACAAAAUCCCUUUUGGUUCUCACAAAGGAGCAAAGACUUUGGGGGGGGGGGGGAUGUGAAAUCAACACUCACUAUGGCUUAAUUUAAACCUUUUAACUAUAACAGUAUUUGAGGUAAUGUAAUUUUCUACCCGUUUCUGUGCAAUUUCACAAACGACGCCUCCACCACUUCUUGCUUUAACCUCUCAGAUCUCCUGUGGCCCGAACAGGCUGUUGUAGCACAAGUCUCCUUUCUGGUGCUGGACUGAAUCCUGUAACAAACAAUGCCUUACUUCUUCUUUUUUGGUUUAGUUUUUUUCGAAAACAGACUAUGUGCAUUCGCCGAGUCUUUAUACGUCUGAACGGCUGUAAACUUUCACUAACAGGGCUCCGAGGCGACUCUGCCCUCGAGCGGCGUUGACCUCUCAUCAUAUCAAACACCAAUGGCCGUGGUCGUGGAGGAGCCGGGAAUGAGAAGCAGCACUUUGGGUUGCAGGUUCAGUCGUCUGCUUGCAGGAGCCGGUGCUGAGAAGCUGGUGUAAAUAUGUGGACCACUAGCAGGAAAGAGAAACAUAUAAAUGUGUGUGUGUGUGGGGGGGGGGUUUGUUUUGGUGCUCGACGUGAGAAGGCAGGUUGACUGGAUGAGGGAAGUUUAAGAUGUCUUGAUUUUAUACCUCAUCCCCAUCCUUUAACUUUGCUUUCUCCCACGCUCAUCGUCUGUUUCAUGUGUUUUUUGUGAUGAACAAAACUAAUUAAGUGAAAACUAGUGUAUAUGCUGCUUUGUUUAUAGACAUAUAACUAAUCGGAGGUUUAAGAUAUAAAAAGGUACUUGUGGUUGAGCGAUGAUGUAAAAAAACUAAAAAACAAAAAACGGCUUCACGUCAUUUCUACGGCUCAAAGAUAAUAAAGUCAUUCUACUACUUCUUUGUUUUUGAACCUCCCAGUCUGCCUCCUGGGACGGGCAGGGGGAGCGGCUUCCAUCACUUUCAGUGUUUUUGUCACCGAUGCUAUGCAAAGUUCAUUCUUAUCUCCAAAUGGAAGCCAAAAUGUGCAUUUGUCCCCCCCGAGCAGAUUGCAGCACUGCCGAGACGUACAGCAUGGAACAAGAUUUGUUUUUUGGGGGGGUUUGUGGCAGAAGUUCUUUGUCUGUGUGUGUGUGUGUGUGUGUGUGUGUGUGUGUGUGUGUGUGUGUGUGUGUGUGUGUGUGUGUAACUCCCAGAGAAUCUCCUGCUGCAGUCCCUGUAAGCACAAAGAGACGGACUCUGUCUGUCUGCUCUUGUUGUCGAAGCAUCAGACCCGUCAGUCUGUUUAUUACCCACAAACUCGAUGAAUGUUUAGCCUUCUUUGCUAUGUACAUUUUUUUCUAUAUGUAACAUAACUCUGUAAAUAGUUGGUUAUCCUGCAGCAUUUUGAUGACUUUUUCUAGACGAUUUGUUACGGUACUUGAAAAAAAAGGAAGUAUUUUGUGUACAGUCUCUUUACAUCAGAGCAGAUCGAUGCCGUUUGUCAUCACCGGUCUGUCCAGGGCUCGGAGAAUUGAAUCUGAUAUCACUGUACUAGUCUUAAGUUAUUGUGAUUCAAUAAAAUUUAUGAUUAUUUAUGAUUUAA